AUUCCUUCAAAAAAAAUGCUUUCUUCUUCAUAAUCAAGCUCACAUGAAUCUCUAACCCCAAACCUUUUCUUUUUAUACAGUGAAAAUUUGCUUUUGGAAGAUCAAGCAUGGGUAACUAUGUUGCUGCACUCGCAUGCCCUUCAUCCGGUACGUCCGGAAAAGUUAUUUUAUGGGACGGAUCGGUGAAGGAGUUUAGUUUCCCUUUGACGGUGGCGGAGCUGAUGCUUGAGCAUCCGAAACAGGUGGUUGCGGAGUUCCAGGCGGCGGUGAAUCAGAAGAGACCGGUUCCGUUGCCGGCCGAUCAAGAACUCGACGUGAAAAAGGUUUACGUGAUGCUACCCGUCAAACGAGGGAAGCCCACCGCUUUGUCUUCUUCGGAAGGUCGUCGUGUGCUGUUGAGUGCGAACUCGGUGUUGAGAUCGAAAUCAUUUCUACAGUCAUCGAAGUUUCUCCCUCUGUUCGCUAGGAUUUGCCCUGCAAGUGAUGUUCACGAGAUGGGACAUAAAAUCCCAUCGCAGAAGAAGGAAAACAGCGGUGAGAUUCAUGAAGAAGUUCGAUGUUUAACAGAGUUUUUGCCGGAAUCGGUUGAAGGUAGGCCGGAGUAUUUGAUUAGGCAAUAUUCAGGCAAGGGGUGGAAGCCAAGCUUGGAUACUAUAAAGAAAGCUGGUUUAGAGAAACGUUAAGGUACCUCAUUGGCUGUUUUGAUUUUGAAGCUUACAAUAACAGCUAGCUCUAGGUUUCUGUAAUUUUUUUUCCUUCCGCCAUUGUUAAAUACAUGUUAAUUCUCUGAAGAUCUUGGAUACUAUAACUUGUUACUGUUAGGGCAGUCUUCUACACUGUGCAAUUAUGUUCAUAUCAUUACAGAGAACAACUUUGUUUGAUUAUCAAA